CAAUUACAUAGAUAGGCUCGAAGAAAGAAAUCUAAACAAACAAACAAACAAAUCAAUCCUCCUCCGUCUGAACUCAAAAACCUCACACCAUUCAUGGUGGGAACUCUCAAGAAAUUCUCAAGCUGUCAAGUCAGUAGUAGUAACAGUGUUAAGUUCGUUUGUAGCUAUGGAGGAAAGAUUCUCCCUCGUUAUCCUGACGGGGAAUUUCGUUAUAGUGGUGGAGAAACUCGUCUUCUAUCUGUCGCCCGUUCUUCCAUUUCUUUUUCAGAAUUAAUGGUGAAGCUGUGUGAACUAUGUGGAUACUCGUCAGUGAGUUUGAGGUGUCAGUUACCGGGUGAAGAUCUUGAUGCGUUGGUAUCGAUUAAGACCGAUGAAGAUCUUAUUAAUUUAAUGGAAGAAUACGAUUUAGCAGAGAAGAAAUCAAGUAGGCCGUUUAAGAUUAAAGCAUUUCUAUUUCCAUUAAAAUCAAUUAGAAAGAUCAUUUCUCCACCAGUUUCAGUUUCUUCUGUAGCUGCCGGGAAAUACUCACCGCCUUCAUCAACAACAUCAUCUCCAGUUAGCAAUCAGUCUGUUGUUAAUUCUCAUUAUCAGCAUCUUCGUCAGAAUCAGAUCUCUAAAUCGUCACCAAUGAGAUCUUCAAAUUUUCAUCCACAAGCAGUACCACAUGGUCCUUAUUAUUACCCUUCUUGUAUUCCACCACAUCAAGGAAGUCCUAGACAAGUCUACCUUGUUCGUUCAUAAUGGAAAUACUAAUAUAUUUUCUAAGUUUUCUA